AACUGCAUUAGGUAUUGUGUAAUACAAGACAAAUGCCCUCUAAGAUUAUACCAAAUAUUAAGCCUAACCGUUGUAGUAGAAACCUGAAAUCAAAUCCCACUGUUAUCAUCAGGAUUGGAAAGGUUAAAAGGGAGAUGCAUGGUGAUUGGGGAUGGAUUACCCGAUUGUGUAGCACCUUGAAAUAUAAACCAAACAAAGGUUAAAACGCGGGAAAUUGCAUGAUGCCAAAUGCAUUUUAAGAAAUGUCUAAAGAAUGAAAGAAGGAAGCACGGCCUGUGCUGUUCCAUGCCAGGCCGACCCUUUAAAAUAUUUCAAAAAAUGAAAGAAGAAAGCACGGCCUGACUCGAUCCGCACAUUAACACGGCACGGGCUGCACCCGAUUUACACAAUUACACCUUUGUAUGCAAAUCUAGAACAUUUGCAUUAGAAUGCCGCUGAUAGAUCCAAUGGUCAAAGGGUUGGAAUGGAUUUGACAAUCACGAAGAUCGUCAGCUAUGACUAUGACUAUGAGUUGAGUUUGUAGCAAUAACAAGUGAGAACAUGAAGCACAUGUAGAGAAAAGAAGAUGGUUUUAACGGGCAUGAAUACGAUCACUCAUCAGAUUCAAUCAACCUCAGGAGUAGUCGGGACUCGGGAACAUAGAAAUUGAAAUUUGGUAGGAGAGAAUGAGAUGCUAAUCUCCACACAUCCAACCUUUCUCCUCAUCAAUAACUGCAAGACCUCUAAACAACUCCAACAGGUCCAUGCCCAAGCCACCACAAGGGGCCUCAUGUCUCUCUACCCAUCACUAAUUCUAACCAAGAUCCUUUACACCUUCUCACUCCUCGACCAUCUCACCACCACCUCUCCACACUACCCACUACGCAUCUUCAACCAAAUUCCAAACCCUUCCACCUUUUGUUACAACACCAUCAUCCGGGUCUACACCCUCCUCUCAUCUCCUCUCUCUGCCCUCUCUCUCUUUGCUAAGAUGCGCCGCCUAUGCAUACCUCCCGAUACUCACACCUUUCCCUUCGUCCUAAAGGCGUCUGUUCGCCUCCGUGCACUUGCCCUUGCCAAGACCCUCCACUCCCAAGUUGUCAAAUUCGGUUUCGGGUCGGAUCUGUUUGUCCUCAACAGCUUGAUUCAUGUUUACUCGGAUUUGGGUUCCAUGACUGAUGCAUGCCAAUUGUUCGAUGUGACUCCCCAAAGGGAUGUCGUCUCUUACAAUUCCAUAAUUCAUGGCUUCGUGAAGGCCGGCAACACAAGCCGGGCACGCGACAUUUUCGAUGAGAUGCUCGUAAGGGAUGACGUGACCUGGGGAACCCUUUUGGCGGGGUAUGCCCAGAUGAACCAAUGCAAGGAAGCGAUUCAACUCUUCAAUCAGAUGCUCGCUUCAGGGCUGAAACCUAACAACAUUGCAUUGGUCUCUGCUCUCUCUGCGUGUGCACAACUCGGGGCACUUGAUCAAGGAAAGAUUAUACAUAAUCAUAUUGAGCAAAACCAAAUUCGAUUAGAUGCAUUCUUGGCGACUGGCUUAGUGGACAUGUAUGCCAAAUGUGGUUGCAUAGACCUUGCUAGAGAAGUCUUUGAGUCGAGUGAGGAGAAGAAACUAUUUACGUGGAAUGCAAUGAUUGUCGGGCUUGCCAUGCAUGGAGACGGGGAGUUGUCACUUGAGUAUUUCAGGAGAAUGAAGGAGGCAGGGAUUAAGCCAGAUGGGGUAAGCUUCUUGGGGGUCUUGGUUGGGUGUAGCCACGCGGGUCUCGUCAAUGAGGCCCAACAGCUUUUCAACGACAUGGAAUGCGUCUAUGGGCUUCCCCGAGAGCUGAAGCACUAUGGAUGCAUGGCUGACUUGCUAGGACGGGCUGGGUUGAUCAAAGAAGCAAUAAGAAUGAUACAAGGCAUGCCAAUGGAGGGUGAUGUGUUUGUCUGGGGCGGUUUGCUAGGUGGGUGUAGUAUCCAUGGGAACGUUGAGGUCGCUGAGAUUGCUGCUAAGCACAUAAUGCAGUUGGACCCUGAAGAUGGUGGGGUCUACUCAAUCAUGGCAAGCAUUUAUGCUCAUGCGAGGAGAUGGGAAGAUGUUGCCAAGAUAAGGAGAUUGAUGGAUGCUAGAAGGGUCAACAAAAGUGCCGGUUGUAGUUCAAUUCAGUUGGGCGGAGUUACCCAUGAAUUUGUUGCAGGGGAAAGAUUACAUCCUCAGAUUGAUGAAAUUUAUUGGGUUUUGGAUGGAAUUCAAAGACAAGUGUUUGAAUCAUACUAGAAAACGUCAUUUUUUUUUUUUUUUUGUUGAUAAAUAACCAUUAUAGUAUAAAUAUGCAUUGAGUGAUAUUAUUAUAGGAUUUGGGUCUAGAUAUGUAGACUAGUGCUUCCUACCAAAUGAUCUCUAGUCUCAACAGUGUACUUGUUUUGCACUUCAGCUGCCUAUGAAUUAUGCACCAUUGUGCGUCUUUAA